AACUCACACGACCGACCAGGUGCCUGUUGACCUCCUGGGGCCAAGAUCCCCAUGGUAUCCAGAUGCCAAAUUUUCCAAGACUCUAAACGCGUCAUCGGCUUUGACUUGCCUGCGCUGUUGGCCAUUGAUUGCGCCCUCUUUUUUUUAUGUUCCUGCCCUGAACAUGCCUUGCAUGCCGAAAUACGCGCCGGGUUUUGCCCACACCCUUUUGACCUAGGGGAAUUUCUUGUCCUUUGCUUGUCUUUGAGUCGCUGUUUGUUUUAUUCUUUCUGUUUUUGAAUUCUCCUCAUUCACCCUUCUUUUUUCAACGAAUCGACCUGAGGAACUGUACACCAUACUACCGUGGGUACAGCAGUCGGCCAUCUAGACACAGGCUCGGGUUGGAGUAACAUUGAGGGAUUUUGUACCGAGCACGAGCUCACUGCAGAACUCUCCAGCCCAACCCGCUGACGUAGCCGAGCGGCGCAUACAACUGAGAAGAAGCAAACUCAAUUGUACUGUGAUCGCUUCGACAACGACAAACAACCACCUGCAGAUAAGCCACAGGCAACUAUCACCAGUCGCAUCAAAUCCCCGCACCGGCUCCGCAGGCAACACAGCAUGGCUGUCCAAUCAGCAAUGGGCGCAGGCUUACGUCGUCGCCGUCCCGUCGUUCUCAUAGGCGCCGUACUGGCGCUACUUACAGUUUACAUUUUAUACACCCGCUCAUACGGCACUGCCAUGGGGCGACCUCUGCCACCAGAUAUGGCCGGAGAAGUAUCUAGUGCACCCGUAUCGGCACCAGUCCCACCUCCGGCCCAAGAUGACCAAAAGUCGGGCAACGGCGACGCAAAGCCGGCAGCAGAGUCCGCCAACAACCCAACAGCUCCUGAGCCCGAAAAACCGGCGGCGGAGUCCGCCAACAACCCACCAACUCCCGAGCCCGAAACGCCGGCAGAGGAACCAGCUCCCAAGCCACCACCGGUUGAGGAGGAAGUAAAGCAGAAGCCGCUGGCGGAAAUGUCUUACGGCACGGCGGUGCGCCCACCAUUCAAGGCCAUGCCGAAGUUCUUGGCGGAAUUGCCGGAGGAUCUAGUGCCGCAAAUCCCGAAGGAUGGCGAGAGCAGCGAUGGUGAUAGCCACCCGCGUGCCAAGAGACUAGUGAUCGUUGGAGAUGUCCAUGGCCAAAAGACGGAGCUAGAGGCCCUUCUGAAGAAGGUCAAAUUCGAGCGCGAACAGGGCGACCACCUCGUGCUAGUAGGCGACAUGGUCAACAAAGGUCCUGACAGCGCCGGCGUCAUUGACCUCGCGAUGAAGCUGCGCGCCAGUGCAGUGCGCGGCAACAACGAAGACCGUGUGAUCCUUGCCCAUCGCUCGAUGAAGAACAAGGCUAUCCCAGGCACUAACGGCGAUGAUGGUCCCGGUGCUUUCGGCGUCUCUGCCGAGGCAGAUGUUCACGAAGAAGUCGAUAAGGACGCGCCGCUCAGCUUCGCCCUGCCCGAACCGGCCACCGACACGCUGGAGCAGAACCCAUUCUCGCAUGGCGACCAGAGCGACCGCACCACCGUUUACUCCCUGACGCCGUCGCAGCUCAACUGGCUUUCGAACCUGCCCGUGAUUCUACGCAUCGGGACAAUCCGCGAAUCGCCCUUUACCAACCUUGUCGUCGUCCACGCCGGCUUGGUUCCAGGCGUAGAACUAAAGAUGCAGGACCCGUGGGCCGUCAUGAACAUGCGUACAUUCGUCUAUCCUGGCCGCGAAGCUCGUCGUCAGCGCGUCAAGACCGAGCUUCAUGACGCCGAGAAGAAGCGCACGGGCAACAAAGAUGCACCUGGCCCGUCGGAUGAGCAGGUGGACACUGAGCUGGCCAACCGACUCCGCGAGGGCAAGGAGCAACCCGAUUAUCACGACGAAAUCCUUCUGCCGAUCGAGGGCAAGGACGGAGAGCCGUGGUCUAGCGUGUGGGCCAAGUAUCAGAACGAUAAAGUGGAAGACGAGAAGGAGCGCAUGACUGUGGUGUAUGGUCACGACGCCAGCCGAGGGCUUCGUGUGCCUAAGGAUGCCAAGCCGGGGAACACAUUCGGACUCGACAGCGGAUGUGUGUACGGCCGAGAGCUGACGGCGCUCGUGAUCGAGGCGUCCGAGAAGGGUGUUACGUAUGAAACUGUGAACGUCGAGUGUUCGAAGGGCACCGACAAGAAGAGGAGGAGUAGUAGCAGCAGUCCCAAAGACAAGGGACGGAGCUGAGCAGGCUGCGGCACAAGUUUUCUUUUGUGUGCAGAGAAGUCGAGUUGCAUUGCACCAAAUCGCACCAUAUACCAAUUUGCAUUCUCUUUUUUGUCGCUUUACAGUUAUUUCCCCUGUCUUUUUGUCUCUGGGGUCUCUUGGUCUCUUCCAUUUGGAAGAGCUUAUUUUGCAUUUGGAGGGAUUCCAUGGUUAGGCGUACAUGGCGUGAAUUGGGAGUCCGAAUACUGAUAGAUAUAAGAUAUCGUUAAAUCUGUCAAAGAAAUUGUACACGAACUUGAAACCAUGCGAGUAAAGUUGUUUCGUCGAGUA